UAACUCCAUCAAUUUAUUGGUUGUUUUUUAUUCAACAUCUUGCAAUAUGUGUUCAUAGCGUAAUUGUCUGCUAAAUAUUGUUGCCAACUCAGGUCGACUUUCCACUUCACCGCUUUGGAGACGCAGACUUAUUUUCUUAUCGACAAAACACUGCCCGUUUAUCGCUAAUGCAUCACGACGUUCACCUUUUCAUGAAUAUUCACUAUUUUCACCAAUCAUGCACGAGAGUAUCUCCACUCCUCUAGCCCAACACCAACUCGUAAAUGCUAAUGAGUGGAAACAUUCUUAAGACACCUUUCCGUUCGUGAUUUCUAACGUGGAACACAUGGCGCCUACAAGACGUCACUACACGUCGCCGACAUCGUCGUCGGUGGCGGCGACGUCGUCGGCGGAUUCUGUCACAGCAAGGCACGUGCUACCUGUUGCAUUGGGCCGCCAGGAUUCAGUCAAGUGUGCAGACAUCGGAAAACCUUCCAGACAUGAACCGCGCGCGCGGUCUCCCAACUCGUACGGAGGUGAGAGAUAUAAAAGCGAAAGGGUUGCACCACUAGAGAUACAGUUUUUCGCCGGAAAGUGAACCUGCUGUUAGUGGAUUCCGCGGUUUCGUUCGCAACUACCAGUGUUGAAAGCCAGCUAACUAGUUUAAUUCGGAAAGAGCGAAAGCAUGGGAAAGGUGCUGAUUGUUGUUUUCCUGGGCGUCCUUGGGAUUUUGGCCCAGCAAAGUGUCUGUCAGCAGAACAGAAAAACUUGUGGGGCGGUUCUGGUCAGAACGCUAGCCGUUGUGUGCGAAAAUGGAUACUACGGACCGCAGAGUGUAAAGCGCAGCGAUAAAAGUCUGGAGGAAUCCGAUAGUGAUGUGAUGACUUCGAACGGGUUUGACGAGGUGCGGUCAAUCGGGUGGCCUUACUCCGUUGAGCCACCGUAUCAGUAUGCAGUGAUGUUAAGAAGCAGAAGAGUGGCAACCGGUGGAGUCGUGAGUGAAUGCUGCCACAAAGUCUGUACCUACAAUGAAUUGAGGAGCUAUUGCAUUUAAAUUACACACAAAUACUUAUAACUGCUUUCAAUAAAGAAAUAUCUCAACGCUUCGCCUCUGGCAAAAAAAAGGAUUUGCGCAUCUCUAUUGCUAGAUCUUCAAACAGGGUAUGAGCCUUGGUAAAGCCGUCAAAGUGUCAUUUCUCUUUUCUUACAGGUGCUGGCAAGCGAUUUCAGCUCGAGCGAUGGCCUCACAUCGUCCGUGUACAUUCAGUGUGAUUUUCGUUGUCUGUUGUGGGCUGCUGGUGAUCGCAGUUGCCAUCCCGCAGACCAGCCGCUCGGAGCGUAAUUCCACGGAUACGUUCCGUCGGGUCACCCGAGAUCGCAGACGUUAUUGUGGCAAAGCGCUCACUGAUACUCUUGCUAUGGUUUGCACCAGCUAUCCUUCGCCCUGGAGAAAGAAGUCCGUACCAACAUCCGAUGAAGAUUCCUUCGAAGGGUCAUAUCGGGAGCAGCUUGUUGCUGAAAUAAAACAGGACGUAGAAGAACUGGAACAGUUGGCCCCGGAAAUGUUCAAUGAUAAGCCACCUCUGUUUUAUCCUUUCUAUCCGCGUGCCUACUGGCAGGCCUCAGACGACUCCAUGGACACGCACCCUCGUGUUCGUCGGCAAAUUGUUGAUGAAUGCUGCCGCAAAAGUUGUACUCUGAAGACCCUCAAGCAGUAUUGUGCCGAUUAGGAGGCACCUACCUGAGAAAACAAAAUAACGACGCAUGCCUUUUCGGAAACCCUGUAUGAGAUGAUCUCGCACUAAUAUGGCCCUUGAAUAAAUUGAUUUUCGUUUUAGCAGC